UUCCUUUUUCUGGAAACAAACUGAACCCAUUGCCUUAGUGAAGAAUUCAACGAGAUUUCUAUUUUUAGUACGUAUUUGGGUCCUUGGUCUUUUAUUCGAUGGACUUCCUCUCUUUUGACUGGGAUUUCAGGCGCGAUUGGCCGGAAAAUGGGGAUUAUUCUGGCUUGUGGGAUUUCCAGCCAAAUUUUUGCUUUGGUGGUGAAGGAGAAGUGGCUGCAGACCCGCCGGACAAUAAGUUUUCCGGCCAAAAUUCGAGGUUUCGGCGCUGCACUUCAUUGUUGGAAGGGAGGAGCCCUGUCGGGCGGUCGCGAUUCUCCGUGGAUGCAGAGUGCUCUGUGAGCUGCACAGGGGAGAGCAGCAGUGCUAGCGGGUUUUCCUCUCCAUUAGAGAGAGGAGCCACCCAAAAAAGAAGCUUGGAAAGCGAAAAUUCUUCUGGGUUUUUACCUGAAUUCCACAAGUUUUCAGGCAAGUCGGCCUCUGAAAGCCCCCUCAACAGUGCGGUGAACCUGCCGGAGGCUGAAGUUUCCGGCCCGAUAUCUCCAAUUUCUGGCAGCACAUUGCAGGAGAAUUCGUCGGACUCUGGCCGCCGAGCAUUUUCCGAUGAGGACCUCGGCCUUGCGAAGCUUGCGUCCUCCUUCCCAAAGCGACGGGCAGGGCGGCGGAAGUUUAGAGAAACCCGACACCCGGUUUAUAGAGGAGUGAGACGUAGAAGCGUCGGGAAAUGGGUAUGCGAAGUUCGAGAGCCGAAUAAGAAAACACGAAUUUGGUUGGGGACUUAUCCCCUGCCCGAGAUGGCGGCGAGGGCGCACGACGUCGCCGCCUUGGCAUUGCGUGGGCCAUCGGCGUGUCUCAACUUCGCGGACUCUGCGAGGCUGCUGCCGAGGCCGGACUCACGCGAGCCCCGCGACAUACAAAGGGCUGCUGCUCUGGCGGCAGAGGAGUUCCGGCCAUCGGAGAACGGGGUUUUCGACCGGGGCAUGCCCGACUCAUUGCCGGAAAAUCAGGGCUCCGGUGUGGUGGCUGCGGCCUCGCCUGAGAGUCUGGUGUUUCCCAUGGAUGAGGAUUGUUAUGGAUUUGAUGGGCCCUACACGGGAACGUUGAUGGGGGCCAUGACGGAUGACGUGGCGGCCGAUAUGGUGCCGAGAUGGGAUGACGUGGACUUUGGUGCUGACAUGGCACUUUGGAGUUACUCUAUAUGAGUUGAGUUGAGUUUGCCGUACAAUUUUUCUUGUGUGCGGGACGCGGGGCUUUGUAAUUGUAUAACCCAAAGUUUUGAUUCUACGUACACAAAAGUGUAUCGUUUGACUGAAAUAGAAAUAUAGUGUUUUUUUUUUUGGAAGGAGUAAUCUUGAUUU